AUGCCCACCUAUGCCAAAUUCAUGAAGGAUAUCAUCGCUAAAAAGCGAACAAUUGCAGACCAUCCCAUUAUUCUAACAGAAACUUGUAGUGCUAUUUUGCAGGGUCUGAAGAUUCCAGUGAAAAAGAAGGAUAGAGGAGCAGUAACCAUCCCUUGCACUAUUGGAGAUAGAUCUUUCAAGAGAGCUCUAAUUGAUCUGGGGGCAAGUAUCAGUCUCAUGCCUUUAUCCAUCUACAAAAAGUUGGGAAUUGAUUUCGUAAUUCUUGAAAUGCCAGAAGAUGAAGAGAUGCCGAUAAUUUUGGGACGACCAUUCUUGGAAACGGGGAGAGUCAUGAUAGAUAUGGAUGGGGGAACUCUUACUUUGAAGGUUUAUGAUGAAGAGUUAAAAAUCAAUGUUCAUAAUACCAUGAAGCAUAAAGAGGAUAUUGGCACCAGUAGUAAUAUACAAGUGCUCGAACAAGUGGUAGAAAGUGACCAUGUGGAGAGUGUAUCGCAAUUACCUCUCGAAAGAGUUUUGAGCAUGUCAAUUUUUGGGGAAAAUGAAGAAGCCAAUGAUAAUGAAUUAGAGGUGGUAUCAAUGUUGGAAACUCAACCUAUCUUUAAAGGUUCUUGA